AUGGAAGGUGCUGACGGGAAUGGCCUUACCGCCAUGCAACAGCAAAUUUCAGAGAUUGUUCAACAUGGAGUAAUUGAUCCAAACUUCAAGUUCAGUGACGCAGAUUUCGAGAUAUUGUCGACGCUGCGGUACGAUCCGGGUUUCACUCACACAAACGGAGGAGGCAGUUCAGGUACUGCAGAAGACGAAUUAGACCCAAGGCUUUCUGCUGCUGAUGUUCGGGAGGCGCUUGGGGAAAGUCCCCUCUCCGAUAGUGGAGAAUACUCUAUAGAUACUAUUGCGCAGAUGCUUGGCGAGAUGCAGAAAGACACUCUGCCACUCUCGCCGCCUCCUGAGGCCGAGGAAGAACUCGAGACUAGCGAAUACGGGUUGAAAAAGAUAUUUUACAACCGAUUUUUACUCUUAGGCGAGCAAUUCAAGCGGCUAAACCUGGCCCUGAGCUUUUUUAAGUGGAACUUUAGUAUCCCCUUUGAACUUUUACUUGAAAAGCUCAUACAAGCACUUCCUUGCCCACUGGAGUUAGCAACAGACCUUUCUUCCCGCAUGCAAGCGCUCCUUUCAGUUAAAAAAUGCUAUAAAAUGCGUGUACUGGUUUCUAGUUCGGGUCGGAUGAGGGUCGAAGCACACGAAUUACCACAAAACUGGGGAAAUUUUGCCACUGCUUCUCAGUAUUUCGUCAACACCGUCUUAAGAGGUUUUUUACCUCAACAAGACGAAGUGUGGGACGUUUUUGUAGACACUCAAGCUAUAGUGGCUUCUCCAUUCACGACUUUCAAAACCACCCGAAGGGGCCAUUACAAUGCAGCCAGGGAACGAAUGACAGAGCUUUCUGAGCGUGUACACAAUCCAGCUCGGAAAUCUGAGAUUUUGGUUUACAAUAGCGCAUUUGAGCUUAUGGAGGGCUCCAUUUCCAAUGCGGCCUUGCUACUCAACGGUAACGAAACAUCUAACUCCUUGUAUCAAACCCCCUUUUUAACAUCAGGUUGUCUAUGCGGUGUUAUGAGGUAUUACUUACUGAAGAAGAAUUUAAUAACUGAAGGCAACAUUGAUGUCAGACACUUGAAUGUUGGCGAUCAGGUAUUGCUCUUUAAUGGUGUUAUGGGGUGCGUGAGAGGUGUCAUUAGGAACUCCUUAGAGUAA